AUGACAGGGUUUUGUCUGGAUAUUCUACUGCACGGGAUCAUUCCCGCAGUAACUGGUGGCUUUUAUUACGAUCGAUAUACAACACAAUUGGCGAAUACUGUACAUAUUUAUUUAUGGAUAUGUUUUAUGACAUUCCCUUUGCUUUUAUAUCUCUUUAUGCCAGUUAAUCUGCUUUCCUACUAUGUCUAUCCAUUGUUCGUAGCAAUCUUAUUCGCCACAGUGAAGUUUGUCAAUUAUCGUCUUCAUAAAUUUUUCGACUUGGCUGUUCGAUGUGAAGAUACGAAUGAGGACAGCAAGAGUCUAUCGACAACCAAUAAUAAUAAUAACAAUAUCGAUAUCGAAGAAGAGCCGAAAUUGAACGAUCACUGUAUCACAACGGAUGUUCCACCAAGUGAAACACAACCGCUGUGGAUCGAUUCGUUGUAUGGAAGUAAUAAUUCAAAUUUACCAUCGAUUUAUGAUGAGUCAUAUGCUCGCAUACGUCGAUCAAAUGCUACAACAACGAACGAUUGUCAUCAUUCAUCAAUUUUAGCAACGACAAAGCAAAAGUCGAAUGAACAAAUCGAUGAAAUAACGAAGUAUUCGCUGACAGAUGUGAUUUUACAAAGUUCGAAUAUUCAAGAUACAUGUGUAUCAGAUUCGAGAUUAUGCGAAAAACAUGAGCAAAAGCAAACGAAACGAACUCAUCCGAAUCAAAAGUCCAUGCGUCGCGUUCAGUCAGAACUAAAUGUAUCAGCAAAUCAAAAGGAUAUGGAACAAUCGGCGCACACUCUUCAAUCAUCUUCAAUGACUGACCAGCGUUUGAACAAAAAAUCAAAAUCAUUAGCAGAAAAUUUACAUCGAAAUCAUUCAGCGAAUCAAGAGGAGAAUAUCUCCGGUGAACCAAAAAUGGAAGAAGAAGUUGUCGAACACAAAUCAGAGAUUACACCAUGUUCAACUGAUGAUCUACCAAUUGAUGAUUGGCGACCAAUUUUACAAAUCCUUGAGAAUGUUUUUGCGGACGAAGAUGAACCGUCUGAGUUACCUGCCGGUCAACCUGAUUCACUUGAACCUUUGUUACCAAACAAGCGAACUCGUUCACAUGAACAACGACAGUCGUCCAAAUCCAAUGAACAAUCGAGUGAAAAUCAAGAUGAUGGAACUAUUCCCAGUCGUUUUCGUCGAACGCAUUCGAAUCAAGGCGGGCGAAGGCGACGAACAUCUCGCCGUACAACUUCUGUUGAGCAACGUCCAUCACAGUACAAUGCUGAAUGUAAUUCGAAUCAUCAUCAUCUUUCGCCAUCAUGUCGACGGAAAUAUAUCUGUUUGCUGAGAGAUCCGUCAUUCGAUGAACAAGUAUCGAAUUAUGAUUCAUUACGUGAUGAAACAAGUUUACGCGAUGAUUCAUUAACAACGACACCCUCGGAAGAGUCCUCUCAAUUACUAGCUCGUACUACAGAUCGACCACGUUGGAUACCGAUCUAUCGACAAAGCCAGUAUGAUCAAGAUUCCUUGUCACAAAUCAUCGACGAAGUUGAAUGGCAUAAUGAAACAAGUCCAGGAACUGUCCAUUAUUUCCGCGAUGAAACCGGUAUCGUCAUUUUGAUUUCUAUUCUUCGAGCUUCAAUGUUCUCUUCGAGUCUUUUAGGCAAACUGUUCUCCUAUGUUUUCGGUGACGCAUCUUGUCAAGCACGUAUGGAAUCAUCUGAUCCUAAACCACUAAGUGAUAAUAUUGCACGAAGUAUCAGCGAUGAAACAGAAGCAACAGGCGAACAGAUGCCAAGAGAACAACAAAUCACGCCACCGCAAACUCCAAUCACAACUGUUGAACAGAACCAUGAAGCUUGUUCAUUUUUUGGUCGACGCCGCCGUCAUCGCCAUCGUCAUCACCAUCAAUCACACCGAUCACGACGCUACGAGAUUGCUUCGACAUCUGGUCGACCUGUGAUUAUAAAUGAUGAAACUCGUCGACAAAUCUCCAGUAGUGUUGAGACAACACCACAUGAUCAACAGUUGCAACAGCGUGAGCAUCAAACACGAAUCAAACAUCGAUCGAUCAAAGGCCAAACUUAUCGAUUGAAACUUUUCCGAAAAAGUUUCAUCGUUCCAUUCGAUCGUCUUUGGCUAUUAACCGUUUUCGAUCGAGAUCGAUCAAUAACCGAAUGUAUCUUAUGCAUUUUCUUGGCUAUCAUCGUUUCCAUUGUUGGCAUUCACGUUCUACACAACGAUGUUUAUUAUGAUUUGGAAAUCCUUCUCUAUUGCUGUGUUAUCGCCGCUUCACAAUACUCUUUGUUAAAAAGUUGUCAACCCGAUGUAAAUACACCAGUUCAUGGUUUUAAUCGGCAUACAGCAAUAAGUCGUGCAAUAUAUUUUUGUUUAUUUUCCAGUUGUUUACUUGUGAUAUCGAAAUUGAAAAUCUACCCAUGGCAUUUAAAAUUAUUUGGUAUAACAUUUUCCAAUCUACUUGUAUGUAAUACAAUUUACAAUUUUCUCUCGAUUAUCCUAUUAUGUUUGCCGUUACUCUUCUUAUUCGGCUUAUUACCACAAUGUUCGACAUUUCUUCUGUGUAUUUUGGAAAAUUUUGAUAUGCAUUUAUUCGGCGGAACAGCGAUGAUUAAUAUUCCGGGGGCAUUGUAUAGUUUUCUCUUGUCGAUUAUAACAUGGAUUUGUCUUUCUAUUAUCGGCUAUUACGGUCUGAUGAUCGAAACAUCGAAAGAGAGUAUGCAGAGCAUCGUAUUUUCGAUUUAUUGUGGUUUAACAGUUAGCAUUUGUUAUAAGUUAAGUCGUGGAUCGAGUAAUCCCACAAUGCUUUGGAAUGUCAUUAAACAUGAUCUGUUCAAAAUGAAAAGAACGGAAACGACUCAUGAUGAAAUACAAGAUCCGCUACCUGAACAAUUAAAAACUACUGUUAAACAACGUUUACAGUCAGAUAUUCUUCUUUGUUUUCUGAUAUUCAUUCUUGUUUUUGCUGCUCAUGCUUCAACAACAUUUACUAGUCUUCAACCAAUUCUUAAUUAUAUCAUCUGUUCACUUGUUGUUCUUCUCGGAGUAUUCUUUCAUUAUAUCUUACCUCAAUUACGUAAACAAUCACCUUGGCUAUUAUUUAGUGAACCAUUGAUUAAACAAGCUGAUUAUUCAUUAUUUGAACCCACAGAAGCAACAAAAGUCCUGUUCAUAGAGAAGUUCUUCGUCUGGAUUGUUUUUCUCGAGAAAAAUAUCCUUCUCCCAUGUACAUUUCUUGGUGCACUUUCGCAUUCAGCACCCACUGUGAUAAAAAACUUCGGCUUAUUACCAUCGAUUCUCAUCUUAACAUCAUGCUCAAUGAAAAUGCUUCGAAUUGGUUACUGUAAUUCUGCUAGACAUUUUCUCUAUGUGCUCUUGACGAGUAUGAUGACCUAUAUCAUGACAUCGAAUCGCUCGGAAACAUUCCUCUUAAAUUAUUUUAUUUUAUCGAUCUUAACCGAAAAAUUGAUUGAUUUUAAAGAAAAACUCAAUUUCAUCUUCAUCUAUUGUGCACCAUGGCAAAUUUCAUGGGGUUCAGCAUUUCACGCCAUCGCUCAACCGUUUUGUAUUCCACAUUCAGCCGUCCUGAUUGUUCAAUGUUUGGCUUCAUCACUUUUCAAUUCUCCUCUAAUGCCAUUGUUAGGCAGUGCGGCGUUUAUUUCGUCCUAUCCACGUCCGAUAAAGUUUUGGGAAAAGAAUUAUAACACAAAACGUAUCGAUAACACCAAUGUUCAAUUACAAGCACAAAUUAAUGAAUUUCAUUGUGGACUUGAUGAUAAUAAUCUAAAUGCGAUCUUUUACGAACAUUUAACGCGAGUUUUACAAACUUCACUCUGCGGAGAGAUUCAACUUGGACGUCUUGGAAAAGUGAAUACAGGAGACUUUUUUAUCCUAACGAGUGAUAGUUUGAACUGUAUGAUUCAUUUGAUUGAAAUUGGAAAUGGUUUUGUCACAUUUCAACUUCGUGGUCUAGAAUUCAAAGGUACAUAUUGUCAACAACGUGAAGUCGAAGCAAUUACGGAAGAUAUUGAUAAAAACCGAGGUUUAUGCUGUUGUGAAGCUGGUCGUUUUCCACACAUGCUUUCACUGAAUGCUGCGUUUACACAACGAUGGCUAGCAUGGGAAGUUAUUUGUUUGAAAUUUGUAGUUGAUGGUUAUAGUAUUAAAGAAAAUAAGUUCAAUGAAACAGUUGUGGGCUAUGAUCUACGUAAAAGACUCAUUUCAUUAAUGAUUAAAGCAGUCAUUUUCUAUGCUGUACGGUCAGAUCAAUUGACUCAAUGGCUUGAAAAUGAACAAAUUCGUCAGGCCAUGAGUGCAUUCACAGAUUCGGACCAAGUUGACGUUGAUCCUUCGUUUACCACACUGUUUGAUGAUGAUUUCAAAGCUGGCGCGGGCGGUGUGACAAAGAAAACAUUCUCUUUUGUCUAUGGAACAUGGAUUCACUUAUGUAACAACAAACGUUCGACACCUUUGCCGUCAACGCAAGAAGAUGAUCUAAUUACAUUUUGUUUCAUACUCUCGUUGUUAGCGCGUCGAACUCUGUUUAGUUCGUUACCUUCGAAUCAUACGGUCCUAUUGGAAAUUUAUCAUGAAAAUUUCGUACAUGGAUUUUAUUCCUUGUUCAAGGGCGAUUUCCGUCUAGCGCCGAAAGAUGAAUGGGCAUUUGCGGACAUGUCUCUAUUGAAGAAUGUUGUCGCUCAAGGUGUUCGAAUGUCUCUGAAACUCAAUCAAGACUCCUUCUUGGAAAUGUCUGAAUAUCUUGAUAAUGAAAAACUCUAUGAUGAUAUUGCGCAAAAUGAUGUGAAUCUUGUCAUCACUCAUGAGGCGUCACCUGAGUGGCGAAAUGCCAUUUUGUCCAACAAAUCAUCUUUAUUAGCUCUAAGACGCGCAUUAGUAGAAAGCAUGGAUGAAUAUCGAAUCGUUAUGUUAGACCGUCGUCAUUUAUCUUUUCGAAUAGUCAAAGUGUCCAAAGAAUGUGUUCGAGGGUUUUGGGCAUCACAACAACAUGAAUUGAUCUUUUUACGCAAUCGAAAUCCGGAACGUGGAUCCAUUCAAAAUGCUAAACAAGUACUUCGUAAUAUGAUUAACUCAUCAUCAGAUCAACCUAUCGGUUAUCCGAUUUUUGUUUCGCCUUUAAUCACAUCCUAUUCAUCUACCAGUCAACCCUUAAAAGAUAUCCUCGGUGGUGAACUUGCAUGGGAUCUAAUUCGAAAAAAAUUAUCAGUAUUCUUCCAACGUGCACAUACAUUUUUUCUUUCGCAUUGCGUUGGAAAUGCAUCUGGCACAAGUGAAGUUAUUCAACUUGCUGAACGACGAACAGUACCGUCCCAAGGGUCACAUAUUCGUCAAUCAUCACUCAGUACUCCGGUGACUUCUACUCUUCCCGAUCAAGGUCAUUUGUCAUCGGCUCAAACGCAUCUUAGCACAAAUCUGAAUCUUGAUAAUAAUAAAAAAUCUCUUCAAACAACUGAACAACAAACAUCGAUGCUUAUCAAACGUACAUCAGAUACUUUAAUGCCAACGACAAUGAACAAUGACGAACAACUCCCUCGACGUUCGUCAUUAUCAUCGGAAUUGAAUACAAACGAUCGAAGUAGUCGAAAAGCGUUGAAUACAAUGACAACCAGCGUGUCAACAACAAAUAGUUCAAAUAAGGACGUUUCAACAAGUAGUAACACACAGAUUAACAAAGCCGUAGUAACAUAUUCAACGAACGGAAACUCCAGUGAAAAAGUUGUUAUCAUCGAUACAACAGCUAUCUACGAUUCGAUCAAUUUGGGUCGCCGAAUCGAUGUCAUAUGGCCUAAUGAACAAAUGCGGUUGAAUGGCGGUCGAAACGUUUGGUCGGGUUGGACACCAACUGUUGGCAUGACCGGCUUAGUUGUUCAUCGUUGGGUACCAAGACAUCGAGAUGCUCGACAACGAUCUCAUAUUGAUAAAUGUAUCCUACUUGUUCAUAUCGAUAAAUACGAUAAAUUCGUUCCAAUCGCUGAGCAUGGUGUACGAUUUAUCGGUGAAUCGACUUAUCUCUAA